GCGAGCAAAAGGUUGACUUGAGUUGAGACGAGUAGAUCUUGAUCGGACGACGAAGAAGGCAGACAAAAGCUAAACCCAUUUUCCAAAGAAAUCAGAUAAAUUGUUGUGAAUGCAACAGCUAAGGGAUAUGGCUUCCGCUCAAUUACGCCAAGCUGCUAAGGAUGAGAAGUUGUGUAAGAUGAUAGUGGAAACAAUGGGUGGUGAUGAUCCUCAGAGAGUCGUACUGGCUGGGAAAUCUGGAAUCGGUAAGACGCGGCUGGCAAGGAAUGUGGGUAAGUAUGCAACAGAAGAAGGCAUGUGCUACCUCACCCUCUGGUUGAACCUCAACGAGAAGUUUGAAGAUGAAAUGUCGCUUUAUGAGAACAUAGCUUUCCAACUUGAUGUGUAUGUUACGGAUGAUAACAGGGAGAAGGACAAGAAAGACUUUCUAAAGGAUUUGAAGCAUAAGAUAAUUUUGGAGCUCAAGGACAAGAAGAAGAAACACACUUCAUCAUAUGAAAUGGUGCCGUAUCUUCUGUUGAUACUUGAUGACGAAGGAAACAAGACCAGUGAAGACACAGUGAUGAACGAUUUGGGUCUGGAGAGUUUUCUUGAAGAUUACAAACCUCUAAAAAUUCUUCUUACAAGAAGAGUAGGUGUCGAAAACACUACAAAGCAUAGUAUGGAAAUUGAGGCCGGUAACAUGGAAGAGCCACAUGAUACAAGGGAAUGUAAGUUCCAUACCACGGAUCUGUCACAAACUUUACUAUGCACCCUCACUGAGUCUAACAUGCAUGAUUUAUUUGCAUCGCUUACCAUUCAUGAGGGGAAUUUGCUUGAGUCUCUUGAGAAAGCGUGGAAAAGUGAUGAGCCAUUGAUACAUUCUGUGGUGCGAAAAAGCAGUAAUUUGCCUGCUGCAAUCGUUGUGCUAGCCAAGUCCUUAAGCUGCAUCGCUCAUCAGAACUCUUUUAAGAGCCUAUCUCCAAAACAAGAGAAGGUUUUAAAGAAAAUUUUAUCACCCUGUGAGCCAGCCAACUCAGUUUCAAGAUGUAAUCCAAUUCUGCAACUUGCUUAUCAGCUGCUGGAAACCGAUGAUACAUUGAAGAAUGCCAUCGUUGAUUGUUUUUGGCAUAGCUUUGACUGUUUUAAGCAUUGCGGCUGUAUUCAUUACAAUGAACUGAUCACACACUGGAUACUUGAAGGCUACUUUGAUCCCGUUCAAUCUGUUAAGAAGGCUUUUAAGGAUGGUCACGAUAUCUUGUUAGAGCUUAUAAACCGCGGUCUUCUGAAGAUUCAAGAGGAUGAUAUGGUUGUACCAGAGAUGGCAAUGAGCGAUUUAAUAGAUCUUCGGCAUCAUGGGUUCUUGGGGAGAUCCCGGCUCCAGUUGGCUAGGACUUAUGGUGGUGACAAGAAAAAAGGUCUCGGGGAAAUAACCCAGAUAGAUGAUAUGAUAAAAACAGCACAAGCAAAUAAACAAGAAUAUAUUUAUACAAUUCUGGUGGGUGGAAACCGUCUGCGUCGAGCAACACCAAAAGAGUUCUUUGAGCAGCCGCAGAUGAAGAAUCUUGAAGUACUUGGUCUUUUUUAUCCCACAUUGGAACAUUUUAUCCAGUCUUUAGGAGAACUCAAGCAACUCAGAGCUCUGGUCAUCAGGGACUAUGAUCUACUGCCAAGUAUAGAGGAGCUUAAGGGUCUACGAAGGUUAGAGGUUCUUGAAGUUUCUGGUGCUAGCUCUGUGGAAACUAUCUUUGAUGACUUCUUUGAAGCAUUGCCCGAACUUCAAAGUCUGAACCUCUCUGGACUUCGGAUCAUAUCUUCACCUUCCAGCAUUUCUCAACUGAAGAAUCUCCAUACUCUCAUCCUUAGAGACUGUCUUGUAUUGGAAGAUUUGCCAGACAUACAGCAUUUAGAUAGGCUCGAGGUUGUCGACAUCCGUGGUGCACGCAAGCUAAGAACUUGCUUUGAAAAAAACACAAGCAAAAACCAAACCUUUUCUCGUCUUCAGCGGCUUGUGCUCCUUGAUUUAUCAGAGAGCAAGCUAAAACGACUACCAAUAUUUCAUGACACUGCGGUUGCUGCCAAUCUUAGCUCCUUAACGCGGCUCUCAUUGUACAACUGUAGCAAUUUAGUAGAACUGCCCAAUCUUCGAACCCUAUCAGGUCUCCAGAUUCUCGAUCUUUCUAGUAUGACCAGCUUGGUGGAAAUUGCGGCAGUAUGCUUCGAGCAGAAAGAGGAACUAAAAAUUCUUAAUAUGUCAGGCACAAGUUUUACCAAACUUCCGUCCACCAUCUCCGGUCUAUCCAACCUCAGACAACUCCUCCUGAGAAACUGCUCCAAUCUAGAAACUCUACCAAACAUCAGCGGACUCAAGAGCCUUGAAGUCUUCGAUGUUUCUGGGUGCACUAAGUUGCAUACAAUUGAGGGAUCCUUUAAGUACAUGUCUUACCUGCAGGAAGUUAAUCUCUCUGGCACCAGAAUAGAAACCUUAAUAGAGUUGCCAGAGAAGAGCAGUAUCAGUUGUUCAAAGCUAGUUGUUCUGGCAGAUUCAAGAAGAUUAAUUCAUGAGACUUGGAGACAGGUAAAGGAAGCCGUAACAAAUGAGAUUUAUGAGAGUCUACGCUCUCAUGAUGUGGUCGACAGAAUCCAUGAAAUCUCAAGAAAGGAGGAGGGAACUGUAGGUGAACUAAGGGCCUUUGGUUGUCCUGAAAAGAAAGGUCGCCACAAGGAACUUUUUUACCAAGGUCAUACAUUCAUGAAUGUCUAUCGGAACAUCAUACCAUUUGUUGAUGCCAAUAGUUGUCAAGAAGUUCUAGAGAUUCAAGGAUCCAAUUGCGUAGAUCAAGACAAGGAAACCUUAGCUAAAGUUGAGUUUGUGGCUAUUGUGGACAAUACAGCGGCAAGUCUCUCAUCAGUAUUUAAUGAUUUGAAGUCAGUGAAAGGUUGUUGGCUGGAGAUGUGCGCGGAUAUAGAAAUCCUUUUCACUGGAGUAGAUGAAGAACGUCUCGGAAACCUGGAGACUUUGUCAAUUACGAAUUUUCGACUGUUGGAGAGUAUCUGCUGCAGCAGCUUCAAUAAUCUGAAGAAUCUAAGUCUGGACUGUUGCCCGCAUAUUAAAACGAUAUUCCCUGCAUCCGCGCUUCCCACCAGCCUGGAAGUCCUGAAACUAAAAUUUUGUGAGAAGCUGGAGAAAGUGUUUGAACAAGAAGUAGAAGUGCCGAAUUUACACACAUUGUGCCUUUACGAUUUACCUGUGCUAUCUGCUAUCAAUGCUAUGCUGCCUAAUCUAAAGACAUACAAUAAAGAAAAAUGCCCGAAGCUGGAAACUUCAAAGUGGUCCGGACUUGGAAGCGGUCUAGUGCAAGGAGGAUAUGAAAAACCACAGGGAAGUCGAAGCAGCAUCUAGCUACUGAGUAUUCUGUCCCUGGAUCCUUUCCCUAAUAU